AUGUCAAGCCAGGCCGAAACGCCUUCUGCAGACCAGAAUGCGCUACUUCCGAUAUCAAGAGUGGGCAAAGACGGGCGGUCACUGGCGACCACCGCCUUCAGCCGUGGACAGUCCUACGCGACGACGGUGGGACCACCUCCCGGUAGCUUCAGCUCCGAGCUGAGGUCUACCACCUCCCGAAGCGAAACACCACGACCGGACUUUACGGCGCAUACGAGUUUCGGGGAGGAUGAUACACGGACGACGUCAGAGCAGAGGCAGGCCGAGCUGCGGGAUCAGAUUGAGAAGGAGACGAAGAUCAAGAUUGGCUCGGAGAACUUGCUCGAAGCGCUUGCCGCGAAGGGUGCGAAGCAAUCAAAAGCACAGAAGGCCAUUGUUGAGGCCGAGCUCAACUCGUCGAACCGCAAGCUUGCACAGCUCAAGCUGGACUUUCAGGCAGAGGUGCAGCGUGCCAAGGAGCCUCCCAGCAACGCAGGCAGCAGAAUAUCGUAUCUUUUCCGCAAUGCACCUUCGAGAUCAACUACCCAUCAGCCAGCGUCGGAUGACGAGUCUGAGUCCGAACCCGAAACUGAAUCCCCCACCUUUGUCCUCGCAGAAAUCCUGCAGGCUCUGGAGGCCGAGGGGAUGCAGCACGACUACUAUGUCGAGCAAGCAAACUCUCUGGUUGAGCUUUUCAAGCGGCAUCCUACGCUGAAAUUUGACCUCGUCUGGUCCAUUUUCGGUUUACGGAUGCAGACGAUGUUGCUUAGUGACAAUCGCGAGGUCGUCGCCGCAGGGUACAGGGUGAUCAGAUACGCCAUCACGGAUAGGAAAUCGCUUCAAACAAUUCGUGCGCUACACACCGACUAUCUGGUUAUCUUGUCACUCGUCAAGGAAGGUAAGGCAAGCGUGGAGCGAGAGCAGGCCCUCAAGUUCGUGCGAGCCUUUCUCGAUGUCAAAGACGGAGUAAAAGAGAUAUGUCAGGCCGUGAUCAGAAUCGUCAUAGCUGUUGCCGAGCACAGCGACGACAGACUGAGGAACAUCUGUAUCCUUACUCUGACGGAGAUCCUCGCACGCGAUCCUGCUCGGGUAGUCGCAGCCGGUGGCAUUGGCACACUUACCGAUGCUCUAGGGGAAGGACACUACCACGCUGCUGAGAGUCUGACAGGCGCAUUUCUCUAUCUUCUUGACGUCCCUCAGCGGCGAAAACUUCUGAGGUCAGGACAUGAGUUGGAAGUCCCGUUUGCUGCUUUCAUUGACAUUCCAACGAGUCACUCCCACGAAGAAAAGCUGAAAACAAAUGCCAAGGUCAUUGCAUCUCUGCUUCGGGGCUGGCCUGGCCUCAUUGCGCUCUCAAUGAACAAUUUUCUACCCAUCAGGUCCCUUGUGUCCUCUCUUUACACUAGCAUACCGUAUGUGCGCAGUAUCGUGAUGGAGCUCAUCUUUGAUUUGCUCAGGAUCAAGCCGCCCUCAUGGUCCUCUUCGUUUCUGGCCGGGAGAAGGCUGACAACAUAUGGUCGUGUCACCAACAUGAAAUCGGAAACACCUGCGCAGCCCACAUCCGAGUCGCCUGAUGAAAAGGACAAAAGGAGCCUUGUGGACCACUAUGCGGCAAUUCUUCUAGCUGUGCUCCUUCACUCGGGCCUCUUGGAAGCUCUUCUGCACGCCGAGGAGGAUCCUCUUACGGAGCCACUCAAGAGAAAGACAACCUUACUGCUCGGUGAGAUACUCAAGAUGGCAAGUGAGCUUCUACCAACGUCGUGGAGCUCCGAUCUGCAAGUUCUUCCAGGACUUCUAAAAUCUGCUUCUAGCUUCCAUGUGGAAGAUCGCUUCGUCGCCACAGGGACCAUCUACCAGGUCGACAGCAUCAACCGUACCCUGUACCGAUCGGCAACAAAUCCAUCGCACGCGAGGAAACCGGAGACGCAAAGCGAGUUAGACGACAACACGCGGCAGGCAGAUCAGCCCAAGACACAAGCGAACGUACAGAUGGGCGAGGCGGCGUUCAGACAGCAACUGGUCGACACAGGUACUUUACGCUCCUCCAACUUCACCAAAUGGGACUGGACCCUCAUACAGCAAACACUCGACGGGCCCAUGUUUGACCCGAAGCGCCUUGACGACGCAAUAAACGCGACCGACUUUGCCAAGCGAAUGUUUGGCUUCUAUCGCCCUUUCAAGCACAGAUUUUCGGAAAUCAAGAACACUAGACCAAAUCAGCGCUACGUGCGAGCUGGCUGCGCCCUGGUCCGCGGCUUUCUGGCCAAUCCGCAAGGCGUGCGGUACCUCGCUGAAAACAAGAUGAUAAGGCAGCUGGCUGAGUGCCUGUCACACUUUGACAGAAUGAGUGGAUUGACUUCUGAAUCGCCUCUUUUUACAGUGGAACGAAUGUCCGACACAUUGACUGGUGGCUACUUUGCCAUUCUUGGCGCGAUGACUGCGGAUCCGAAGGGGCUGCUGAUACUGGAGCGAUGGAAGGUCAUCAAUAUGUUCUACCAUAUCAUCGAGCUGCCGAGCCGAGACGACCUAAUCAAAGCCCUCCUCAGCAACAUGGAUUACACCCUGGAUGGACACCUACGCAUCAUUGUCUCCAAGGCAAUGACCUCCUGCUCGAAGGACAUCCGCAUCUUCUCCACAAGACUCCUGCGCAAAUACGCGAAGAAACCGAUGCAAGCCUCGGAGUCCGCACCCAUCGGCAGUGGGGUCGCAGAGUGGGCAAUCCGCCUCCUCGUGACCCAGCUUUACGAUCCCGAGAUCGAGGUCUGCGAAGUCGCCAUCAAGAUCCUCGAAGAAGCGUGCAACCAGCGACACUCGCUCGAGUAUGUCGUCAAAUGCCGACCGGCACUGGAUCAUCUCGGCGAAAUCGGCGCCCCGUUGCUCCUGCGGUUCCUCUCGACUUCUGUCGGAUAUCACUACCUGGACGGGCUGGACUACAUCACCAAAGAGAUGGACGACUGGUUCCUAGGGCGAAACGACAGCUACGUCUCGCUAGUCGAAGCAUCACUAGCACGUGCACUGGCAGAUGUACCCGACAAGCCCCACACCCAGCAGCUCUCCUUCGACGAGACGCCUGACAUCACUGACUACGGCGUCGUGCCGCCGCACUUCUACCGCGAGCUAACCCGCACAGAAGAGGGGUGUAAGCUGCUCGAGCAGAAAGGGCAUUUCGACGAGUUUGCUAGCACGAUCCGUGAGUUCGGCAUGGAGGACGAGGACGCGGAGACCAUCAUUAAGGUCAAGGGCUGCCUGUGGGCAGUCGGCAACGUGGGAUCCAUGGAGCUCGGCGCGCCGUUUCUCGAGAAGACGGACGUGGUCAAGUGGAUCGUGGAUAUUGCGGAGAAGUCCGAGGUCAUGACCAUGCGAGGCACGGCUGUCUUUGUUCUAGGGCUCAUUUCGAGAAGCUUGCAUGGCCAGGAGAUACUGAUUGAGUAUGGCUGGGAUGCGAAUUAUAAUGAGAUGGGUGAAUCGGUGGGAUACUGUGUGCCGCUUGAUCUUAGGAAGCUCUUUGCGCCCUGGACUGCCUCGACUGCCAGACCUGACACAGUCAACCCGGCAACGGCACCCAAGCCUAAGAUCACGGACCGAGACCCGCUCAACGCACGCAUCCUCAAGCUGGUGACUGAUCUGGGCAACACGGUGCUCGCCAAGCGGGCUGUUGCUGACCUCCAGAACAUCAAAGCAAGAAAAGCACCCGGUUUCCAAAAGCCGUCCCUCUUCCACAAAGUCAUGGCCAUCCUCGAAUCCCACCAUUUCCGCCUCCCGGUCUGCCGCUUCGUCAUCGAUUUGUUCGACAAGAGUGUCUUGAGACAGAUCGUUCUCGAGAUAGAGAACGACAGUGAUGAAGAGGGAGCGGAGGACGACGAUGAGGACGAGGACUCAGACGAAGAGGAAUCGCCGAUCUUGGAAAGUAAAGCACUGACUCGUCCGGACCCUGAGUGA